CCUUGCCCCAUCCUCUUCCUUUCUGUUUAUUCACUUCUGCAUCCUUUCUCGUACUCAUCCGCAUUACACUAGCCGUCAUUAAGAAUACACAUACACGCUAUGUCAAAUUUCAAUAUUGCUUCCAAGGCUCUGUUUGCUUAUUCUGUCGCAAGCAGUAGCGUACGUCCACUAGUCAGGAGUUCUGCCGCAAUGACGAUCCGCACUUAUAAUGCCACAGUCGUCAAAGAUAAGCCUACUGCCACAUCAUCAGAUCUGGUCAAGAAAUCAAAAUUUACAGACAAAUUUGCCAACGGACCCAGCUUUGAAGACUUUGUGGGAGGAGGGAACCAGAAGCUAUCUGUGGAAGAGGCGCUGGAGCUUAAAGAGACUGUUGUAAAUCAAGCACAAGCAGUAUCAUCAGGAAAACCAGCAAAGCGUUCAUUAAAGCAGCGUUUGCCUGAAUGGCUCAAGACACCUAUUCCUGCAGGAAAGAACUACACACAGAUCAAGAAGAACCUUAGAGAGCUUAAUCUUCACACAGUUUGUGAGGAGGCCAAAUGCCCCAACAUCUCGGACUGCUGGGGCGGAGGAGAGCAUCAAACUGCUACCGCCACCAUUAUGCUCAUGGGAGAUGAAUGCACUCGUGGAUGCCGUUUCUGUUCCGUCAAAACGAGUAAGACGCCCAAACCUUUGGAUAUCCAUGAGCCGGAAAACACAGCUGAGGCCAUUUCAAGGUGGGGCCUGGAUUACGUUGUCUUGACCUCAGUUGACCGUGAUGAUCUUGCGGAUGGUGGCUCAGCUCAUUUCGCAGAGACUAUUAUGAAACUGAAGCAAAAGGCUCCCCAUAUCUUGGUCGAGUGCUUGACUGGUGAUUUCCAAGGAGACAUGGAGUGCGUUGCCCGUGUUGCAACCUCUGGACUAGAUGUAUACGCUCACAACAUCGAGACUGUCGAAGCCCUCUCUUCAUAUGUCCGCGAUCCCCGUGCAAAAUUCAGACAGUCGAUUGCUGUUCUCGCCCAUGCAAAGAAAGUUAAACCUACAUUGCUGACUAAGACCAGUAUGAUGUUGGGAUGCGGCGAGACUGAGGCAGAAGUUAUCCACGCUAUGGAUGAACUGCGCAAGGCGGAUGUAGACGUGUUGACUUUAGGCCAGUAUAUGCGACCCACAAAGAAGCAUAUGCGCGUGCAUGAGUAUGUUAAACCUGAGACGUUUGAAAAGUACCAGAAACUGGGUGAAGAGCGUGGAUUCAAAUAUGUCGCCUCAGGACCAUUGGUGCGAUCCUCGUACAAGGCAGGAGAGUUUUACAUCAGCAAUAUUUUAAAGAAAGAGAGAGAGUUGGGAGCCCCUGUGGUGGGGAAUGAUGCCGUUGUUAGGCUUUCCGAUGCGGGUCUUCGUGUUUGAAGCAAUUUAGUUUAACAAAAACGAAAACAAAGAUGCCCAGUUACUCUCACUUAGUUACUCUUAGUCUUCAUAUUUGCAUUGUAUACUUUUCUAGAUUAGUAUUUUCUUUAAGCACUCUUCCUUGUUCAUGCUGCACCAUUUUAUUAUUUUUAUUCGCCAUCACUGUAAACCAUACCAAUAAAUA